AUGGCUCCCAAGAAGGGAAACAAGAAGGGCCAGGACGACUGGGAGGCCGACCUGGGCGAGAGCAUCGCCCCGCAGGGAGCGAAUGAACAGCCCAACGCCGACGAUGCCAAUGCCAACGGCGAUGACGAAGUCGAUUCCGCGGGCCGCGGCGGCUUGAUGGCCCAGCUGCGCAAGAACAAGGAAAAGCGCAAGAAGAAGGCCGGCCAGGACGGCGAAGACGCCCCGCCAACCGACGAUGCCAAAAAAGCCCCCGAAGAGGCUGUCAUGGACGAUGAGUUUGCUCUUCCUAUCAAGAAGGGCAAGGGUGGCAAGACCAAGCCGGAGCACGCCAAGCCCGCUGCUGCUGCUGCUACCGGCGCGGACGACGACGGCGAAGAUGGCGGCCGCAUCAUGACCAAGGCAGAGAAGGAAAAGCUCAAGAAGGAGCGCGAAAAGCAAAGAAAAAAGGAGCAGGCUUCCAAGAAGAAGACCACCGCUCCCGCAAUGGCCGAGACUGCAAAGCCCGCAGCCAAGGAGACGGCUGCUGCCGCCCCCGAGGCUCCUACGCCAGCCCCCGCCGCCGAGACGGGCGGCAAGAAGAAGAAGCUCCCUGCCCACAUUGCCAGGAUUCAGCAGCAACAAGAAGAGCUUCGACGCCAAAAGGAGGACGAGGAACGCCUCAUCGCUGAGCUCGCAGCCAAGGAAGCUGAGGCAGAGCGUCUCGCCGAGGAGGACGAGAAGCGCAAAGAAGAGGCCAAGGCCUUAAAGAAGCAAAAAGAAAAGGAGCGUAUCGAGCAGCUCAAGAAAGAGGGAAAGUUCAUGACCAAGGCUCAGAAGGAGGAGAAGGCCCGAAACGAGCGCAAGCUCCAGCAGAUGCUGGCCGCCGGUAUCAAGGUUGGUCCCGCGGACGAAGUGUCCGCCCCUAAGAAGAAGGCCGCACCCGAGAAGAAGCGCAAAGGUAAGAUGGAGCAAAAGGCCGAGGAAGAGGCUGCGCUGGCAGCCGCUGCUGAGCGAGCUAGGAUACAGGCUGAGGAGGCUCUGAAAAAGGCCGAAGAGAAAAAGAAGGCCAAGGAGAAGGAAGAGGCCGCCAAGAAGGCCGCCGAAGGCAGUGACGUCGACGAGGACUGGGAAGCAGCUGCCGGUGAUGACGACGAUGUCAAGGACAGCUGGGAUGCUGACAGCGACGAGGAAGCCGAGAAGAAGGCUGCCGCCAAAGCAGCGCUGGCAUCGCAACGCAAGAAGGCCGCCGAGGAAGAAGACUCCGAAGAGGACUCCGACGAAGACUCUGACGACAGCGACUCUGACGAGGACGUCUCCAGAGCGAAAGCUGCCGAGGCUCAGCGCAAAAAGGAAGCCGCCGCGCGCCGUGCCGCCGCUCACAAGGCGGCCAUGGACGCUCGCUCCAAAGAUAACCUUCGUUCCCCCAUUUGCUGUAUUCUGGGCCACGUCGAUACUGGCAAAACGAAGCUUCUAGACAAGAUCAGACAAACCAACGUCCAAGAGGGCGAAGCUGGUGGUAUUACCCAGCAAAUCGGUGCCACAUAUUUCCCCCUCGAUGCCAUCAAGCAAAAGACCCAAGUCAUCAACAAGGACGGUUCUUUCGAAUUCAAAGUCCCCGGUCUCCUCGUCAUCGACACGCCGGGUCACGAGUCCUUUUCUAACCUCCGAUCCCGCGGCUCAUCGCUCUGCAAUAUUGCCAUUUUGGUCGUCGAUAUUAUGCACGGUCUUGAACCCCAGACCCUUGAGUCGAUGCGUCUGCUCCGCGAGCGCAAGACGCCCUUUAUUGUCGCCCUGAACAAGAUUGACAGACUUUUUGGCUGGAAAAAGAUUGACAACAACGGCUUCCAGGAGAGUCUGGCGCUCCAGAACAAGGCCGUCCACAACGAGUUUGAGAAGCGUCUCUCCGAGACCAAACUCGCCUUUGCUGAGCAGGGCUUUAACGCUGAGCUCUACUACGAGAACCCUUCCAUGUCCAAAAACGUCUCGCUAGUGCCCACUUCGGCGCACACUGGCGAGGGUAUUCCCGACAUGCUCAAGCUCAUCAUCCAGCUUACGCAGGAGCGCAUGACCAAUGCUCUCAUGUAUUUGUCCGAGGUCCAGGCCACUGUUCUCGAAGUCAAGGCUAUUGAGGGUUUCGGCAUGACCAUCGACGUCAUCCUUUCCAACGGUAUUCUGAAGGAAGGAGACCGCAUCGUGGUAUGCGGUACAGAAGGUGCGAUCAAGACAAAUAUUAGAGCGCUGCUCACGCCAGCCCCUUUGAGGGAAUUGCGUCUCAAGUCUCAAUAUGUGCACAACAAGGAAGUCAAAGCCGCGCUUGGUAUCAAGAUCAGCGCGCCUGGGCUGGAGGGUGCCAUUGCUGGUUCCCGCCUGAUGGUUGUCGGCCCUGACGACGACGAAGACGACAUCGAGGACGAAGUGUUGUCCGAUCUUGACAAUCUACUGAGCCGUGUCGAAAAGUCUGGUCGUGGUGUCAGUGUGCAGGCAUCCACCCUGGGCUCCCUGGAAGCUCUGCUCGACUUCCUUAAGGACUGCAAAAUCCCCGUAGCCAACGUGGGCAUCGGCCCCGUGUUCAAGCGCGACGUUAUGCAGUGCGGCAUCAUGCUGGAGAAGGCGCCGGACCUGGCCAUUAUGAUGUGCUUCGACGUCAAGGUGGACAAGGAGGCACAACUGUACGCAGAGGAGCAGGGGAUCCGCAUCUUCACCGCCGACAUCAUCUACCACCUCUUUGACGCCUUCAAUGCGCACAUGAAGGAGAUGCUCGACAAGAAGCGCGAGGAAUCGAAGCUCCUCGCCGUCUUCCCCUGUGUGCUCAAGACCGUCGCCAUCUUCAACAAAACGGGUCCUAUUAUCAUUGGCGUCGACGUCGUCGACGGCCAGCUCAAGAUCAACACGCCCAUUGCCGUCGUCAAGAACAACCCCGUCACCAAUGUGAAGGAGAUUAUCAAGCUCGGCCGCGUCACGUCGAUUGAGCGCGAGCACAAGCAGAUUCCCGUUUGCAAAAAGGGCCAGCCUUCGGUCGCCAUCAAGAUUGAAAUGGGCGGCGCCCAGCCCACGUACGGCCGCCAGCUCGAGGAGUCGGACCAGCUUUACAGCCAAAUCUCCCGCGCCAGCAUCAACUGCCUCAAGGAGUUUUACCGCGAGGAGGUGACAAACCCCGAAUGGAACCUUAUUGUCAAGCUCAAGCCCCUACUAGACAUCCAGUAA